AUGGAACAACUACUCAAAUCGGCUUAUAUCACACUACUCGCAUUUGGAUUGGUAUUUCUCUACGCUCUUCGCCAUGGUCGGGGCCGAAAGCUUAAGCAUCCACCAUCCCCUCUUUCCUUACCAUUUGUUGGGAAUCUAUUCUCAAUACCAUCAGGUCCAGAACAUACCGCAUACAGGAAGUUAAGCCACCAACUUAACAGUGAUAUUAUCUACCUGAAAGUGAUGGGCUAUAGUACGAUUAUCCUCAAUUCAGCUCAAGCUGCAUCAGAUCUCUUCGACAAACGAUCUUUCAAGUAUUCAGAUCGUACCAACGCUCCCAUGGCUACAGAUCCUACAUUACUUAAUUGGCCAGGACAUCCUGCGUUUGUUGGAUACAAUAAUCUAUGGCGUUCCUAUCGAAGAAUGGUCAAUCACUGGUUCAAUGCUCGUGCCGUAACACAAUUUCACCAAUAUCAUGAGCAGCAGACCGUCACGCUGCUUCAGCGACUAUUGAAAAUCUCAAAGCAGGAUAGUGUUUUCGAAGGAGCUCGGGUAGAGUUUUUAUUUGCAAUGGCAUCCGGCAUAUUCCAGUCGGCAUAUGGAUACCAACUUCAAGGUCUCGAUGAUCCAUUCUUCAAGUCAGCACAAGAAGCGCUGGAGAAUCUUUGCAGCGCUCAAAUGUAUACAAACUUCUGGGUCAACAUAUUUCCGGCGCUGUCUUAUGUGCCCGACUGGUUUCCCGGGACAGGCUGGAAGGGCACCGCCCGUAAAUGGAGGGAACAGAAGGACAAGGCUCUUAAUAGUACAUUUCAAUGGACAAAAGAACAGGUGGCUGCGGGAUCGGCCAAGCCAUCAAUUGUUGGCGCAUUAUUAAAUCACCAUCUAACUUCCAAAUGGGCACAAGAUGAUAGGGAAUACCGUCUAAAGGAACUCGGGAUAAACUUAUUUGCUGGUGCUACUGAGACCUCCGGACAUACAUUGCUUGGAUUUGCGACAGCGAUGGUGCUAAACCCAGAGAUUCAAGCUAAAGCUCAAAAUGAGAUCGAUGAUGUCAUUGGUUACUUAAGGCUACCAAAAGUAGAAGAUCAAUCACGGCUACCUUACGUGCGGAACCUAAUACUAGAAACACUGAGAUGGCACCCGGUACUCCCAAUCGCCAUACCGCAUGUAUGCUAUGAAGAUGACGUUUACCGGGACUAUGACAUCCCAAAAGGUACAGUCCUGAUAGGAAACCUUUGGGCCAUGAGUCGCGACGAAGCUUCAUACAAGGACGCAGACAUAUUCGACCCUGAUAGAUUUCUGGAUCCAAAAGUACCUUUGUUCCCGGCGUUUGGCUGGGGAAGACGUAAAUGCCCCGGCUCGUAUUAUGGGCAGGAUUCGAUCUUCAUGGCUAUAGCUUCCCUGCUUGCAACUUUCACGUUCAAGAAGAAGCUUGAUUCAAAUGGGCACGAAAUUCUACCAAAAGUAGAAUAUGGGUCAAAUUCGCUAAAUCUAGGACUGAAGCCGUUUGAAUUUGUGCUUGCGCCACGCUCGGAGAAGCACGAGCAACUUAUUCUUGACUUAUCUUCAAAUCUUGCUUCAGCGCGCAAUUAA